AUGGAGCAGGCUCCCCUGCUGGUGCCGACUCCUUAUGCAGUCUUGCGACAUCCGACAGACCUUUGCACUUUUGAAGACGGAAGCAUGUGUGGUUGGCAGUCGAAAAGCAGCGCACUCGCGUGGACGCUCAACGACCCUUCAAAAAAAGUGCCCGACUACCCACGAUUCGACCACACACUUCGAGCAUACAGAGGCCGCUUUAUCUUCGUAGAAAACAAAAACACUUCAAAGGAGACUGCACUUCUUAGGAGCCCCAUGUUGAAGUUGAUUGCGGCAGGCGGGGCUUGCUUUAGCUUCUGGUACUUUUCUGUUCACGACAAACACAGCGAAAUUUCCGUGUUCAUGGGAGAACAAGAACUCUUUUACACAAUUACACGAACUGGCCACCGCUGGGAGCACACGCUGGCUAACUUCACCAUACCAGAGGGAAGUGUCGAGCUGGAAAUCCGGGCUUCCAUAAAACGAGGUAUGCUUGCUCUAGACGACCUACAGUUGACUGCUGGACCAUGCCCUCAGCGAGAUUUUUGCUCCUGGGAGUGGGCUACGUCGUGCAAGUUCUUCAAUGGCCCCCACAAUGUAGCCCAGUGGAGGCGUCGGCUAGCAUCCCAAAUCGGCGUCCCGGACCAUAUAACCAACAGCCUCGAAGGCACCUACUUGUACUUGAACACGACAGCACUGAAUUCACAUCACCCUAUGGCCAGAUUGAUCAUGUCCACAAGACAACCAACCGAAGCUACGUGCAUUACGUUCUGGUGGAAAGGCAAGGGUGCCCGAAGUCAACUCAACGUGUACAGGUACUCGAAAGAGACAUCGUACCGAGACCCGCUGCUGUCGAUGCGUACUGAUGACGAAGGUGAUUGGUGGAAUGCACGCUCAGUCACUGUUUCGUCAAAGUCGUAUUGGAGGCUUGUCUUCGAAGUCGUGGCUCCAGCGGGAGAAAAGCGUCAGUCAGGUGUCAUGAUCGACGACAUUGAGUACACGGAUGGAAAAUGCCCGCCAUACAACUUGUGUACAUUCGAAGAAGAGUGUCUGCCGUGGAGAAUUCCUACAGAAGAGAAAUAG